ACUCAAAUCGAUAAAACUCUCAAGCAGAUCUUAGUCUAGAAUUACCAAAUUACCCAUUCCAUAUCUAGUAUCCAAGAAGGCGGCUAUAAGGAUAAUAUGGUAAACAAAAUUGAAAAAAACCGGUCAACUGUCUCCUAUAUUAAAAAAACAACCUCUUCUACUACUCUUGUACUUUAGUUUGGUCCUCUGUUUCUGUGUGAAAUACACUUAGUGGGACCCAAAAAACCAAACGCCCCAUCAUCAUCAACAACAGCAACAACAACAAGAAAGAAUAAAGAACCAAAAUUUAUUGAAAAACUAAUAAAGAACAACAAGAAGAAAAAGAAAAAAGCUUCAAUACAAUAGAAUAGAACCUCAAUGUCUAAAAACAGAGCCAAAUCUCAAUGGCAAAAGUGAUUGAACAAACAACUAAAAAGAUGUCACAACUUUGCCGGAAAAUUGUUCAAGUAGAUGUUCGAUGGGGUAUGAUUCAAAGGGUAUCUUUUGUUGGUCAGUUUUUUCGAUUCAUUUGGAAUAAACUCAUGGUUUGUUCUGUUGGAAGAUCACAAUAUAAAAGAUUAUCACUUAAUAUUUCUUCUUCUUCAUCUUCUUCACCGCCGUCUCCGGCUGCCGUUGACGAUGGUUUCCGGCAAGAACAACGGGAAAGCAAUAAUGGGUAUGAGUCAGAUUCUGAUUUGGUUAACCUCAAGAUUAGUUUGUUGGGUGAUUGCCAUAUUGGAAAAACUACUUUUUUGAUCAAGUAUGUAGGAAAUGAGGUAGAAAAGAGGAGUUUACAAAUGGAAGGAUUGAAUUUAAUGGAUAAAACUUUGUAUGUUCAAGGAGCUCGUAUUUCAUUUUGUAUAUGGGAUGUUGCAGGUGACAAAAAAUCCUUGGAUCAAAUUCCAAUGGCUUGUAAAGAUGCAGUUGCUCUUUUGAUUAUGUUUGAUCUCACUAGUCGUUCGACACUAAACAAUGUUGUUGGAUGGUACACUGAAGCAAGAAAGUGGAAUCAGACUGCAAUUCCAAUUCUAAUAGGAACCAAAUUUGAUGAUUUUGUUAGACUUCCACCAGAUGUACAAUGGACAAUUGUAACACAGGCAAGGGCAUAUGCAAAGGCAAUGAAGGCAACACUUUUUUUUUCAAGUGCAACACACAAUAUAAAUGUCAACAAAAUUUUCAAGUUUAUAAUGGCAAAGCUCUUUAACUUGCCUUGGACGAUAGAAAGAAAUUUGAAAGUUGGAGAACCCAUUAUUGACUUCUAAAUUGUUCUUUACGCUAAUUCCUUUGUUUUGUAUAUAUAGAAUUAUUAUCAUAAUAAUAAGAGAGGAAAAUAAGAAGAAGAAACAAAAUUUGAAAUUGAAAGAAAGCAAGUCUUUCUUUUGAUAUUGACUUGGAUAAAUCAACAUUUAGCACCUAGCUAGGUAGGUACAUAAUUUACGUGUUGUUUUUUAAGGGCAUUUUGACUAUAUUUUACUAUAUUUUAGAGGGUGAUGAGAAUAUGUAUGGUGUGGCUCAUUUUUUUGGGUCAUUUUCCCUAAUCAGAUUCCCUUGUUUUUGCUAAGGCCAAAGUCACGUG